UGCAACUUGUUACGUUGGCAUAGUAACGCGAUGUUGAGAAGGUGUUAUCUACGGGGAAGGUUUUCACCUGUCUGCACGCGCCGGGUGCAGCAGUUUGCUUUAAGAAAUUUUAGCAAAAUGACUUCGGACCAGGUCAAGGUACAGGUACAACAAGGUGUUGUUGUUGGGCGGGAAAAUAUUCUACCGAAUGGUGAACCAUAUUAUAGCUUUCAGGGAGUACCAUAUGCAGUGCCUCCGCUCGGCAAUUUGCGCUUCAGGUCACCUGUGCCUUUGGAACGUUUUGAUACACCUCAACUAGAUUGUACACGCGAGAGAAAGCCAUGCCACCAACGAGAACCCCUGACAAAUGAUGUUGUGGGCUCGGAGGAUUGUCUGCAUCUCAACGUAUAUGCUCCCGCGAAACGUACAGAGAAGCCACUACCAGUUAUGGUGUGGAUACAUGGUGGGGGGUUUUUCUUUGGUUCCUGCAAAAACACAUUGCCAUUAAGUUUAGUUAGUGAGGAUGUAAUUGUAGUCACACUAAAUUAUCGUUUAGGUGCUUGGGGAUUUUUGUGUCUGCCCGAGGAAGGGAUUUUCGGAAAUGCGGGUCUGAAAGAUCAGCGUCUAGCACUGCAUUGGGUUCAUGAUAACAUCGCUCACUUUAAUGGCGAUCCCGAUAAUGUUACUUUGUUCGGAGAAAGCGCUGGCGCUGCAUGCGUUCAUUUGCACACAAUGGCUACUCACGCGCACACAUUAUUUCAUAAAGCGAUUAUGCAAAGUGGCACCGCUAAUAUGGAGUGGGUUUUCCAGCAAAAUCCCGAGCAAAAAGUGCGUCGAUUUUGUGAAUUGCUCGGCUGUCAAUCACGCAAUACACAAGAAAUGCUAAAUUUUUUACAAUCUAAGGAAAAGGUUACCGCAUUGGAUGUUCUUGUUAAUACAUUUCCCGUACUUUCACCUGAUGAACGUCGUCGUGGUCUACCAAUCACAUUUAGACCUGUCAUUGAGGAUUCAAGCAGUUCUGAUAAAUUCAUUAGCAUGCCAGUAAUGGAACGAAUGCGCCAAACAGACACUUUGGCAAUGCCAACUAUUAUGGGAUACAAUUCAGCUGAAGGCAUUUUAAUGCUGAUAAAUGCGGUACGUAAAAUCGAAGAAAUAAAUCAAGAUUUGACGCGCUUUGUGCCACGCAACAUACCUCUGCCUAUUGAUCACAAAGAAAUGCAUUCGUUGGCAGAAAAAUUACGCACCUUUUACUUUAAUGGCCACAAAAUUACACAUGAGAUGUUCGAUGCUAUGACUAACUUACUCACUGACUACCACUUCAUGGUGGACCUGCGAGUGGCUGUGAAGUUGCAGCUGCAAUAUCAGCCACGCGCACCCAUCUACUUCUAUCGGUAUGACUAUUGUGGCGGACGGGAUCUAUAUAAGCGGUUUUUCCGUUUAGAACACAUACCUGGCGCGUGCCAUGCAGACGAAUUACAUUACCUUUUUCAAGCACCUGGUGUAAAUCCCAGGAAAUUUGAAGAAAGCGAUAGGUUAAAUGUUGAACGCCUUAGCGCAAUGUGGGCUAACUUUGCUCGCCAUGGUGACCCCACUCCACCAGAAAGCGUGGUUGCGAAAGAGUUGGGCUUUACUUGGACACCGUUAAGAAAAACUGAUGGGGAGGACUUUGGUUUGGACUGCUUAACUAUUAACCGAGAUUGUAGGAUGCAACGUGACCCCGACAGGGAUCGUAUGGAAUUCUGGGAGGAAAUAUAUCGCAAUUACCCACCGUUGGAUUAUUCACGCCUUAGUGCAAAGUAUCUACCGCUGAGCCUUUUGGAGGAAGGUGUGAUUGUGGUUACAUUAAACUAUCGUUUAGGCGCUUGGGGUUUUCUAUGCUUGCCUGAGGCAGGUAUUUGGGGAAACGCUGGUCUCAAAGAUCAGCGUCUUGCACUGCAGUGGGUUCAUGAGAACAUCGAAAACUUCAACGGUGACCCCAAUAACGUUACAUUGUUCGGAGAAAGCGCUGGCGCAGUAUGCGUGCAGAUGCAUAUGUUAACUUCACAAGCAAGUAAAUUCUUUCAUAAAGCCAUAAUGCAAAGUGGUUCCGCUAAUAUAGAGUGGUCAUUUCAACGCAAACCGAAGGCGAAAGUGCGUCACUUAUGUGAACUGCUCGGUUGUAAGUCAAAAGGCCCGAAGGCAAUGCUCGAAUUUUUGCAGUCACCCGAAAAGGUAACUCCUGAGGCAGUUUUGCGCAUGUCAUUAUCUUUACUCUUACCCGAUGAACGACGUCGUGGACCGCCUUUCCCGCUACGGCCUGUACUCGAAGAUUCGAGCAGCCCAGAUGCCUUCAUUAGUAGUCCGGUAUUAGAAUUAAUGCGCCAGAGAGACACUCUUACUAUACCUACGAUGAUUGGCUACAACUCCGGAGAAGGUCUUACACUUUUAAGGCAUUCGAUGAAACAAAUGAAGAAAGUCGAUGAAGAUCUUCAGCGCUUUGUUCCUCGUAACAUCUCACUGUCUGCCGAACAACCGGAAAUGAAAGUGUUGACACAAAAAGUUCGUGAAUUCUAUUUCGGAGGGCGUAAAAUUACACUAGAGCACCUUCAAAGCCUAUGUAAUUUAGUAACAGACUAUCAUUUCCUCAUCGAUAUACACUUAGCGACAGAAUUACAAGCGAUACAUCAACCGCGUGCUCCACUCUACGCCUAUCGCUUUGAUUAUACGGGCGGUCGUGACUUUUACAAGCGAUUUUUUGCAUUUGAGCAUCUAAAUGGUGCCUGUCACGCAGAUGAACUUCAUUACCUCUUCCAACUGCAGAAUGAUGAUCUGAACACACUUGAAGAAUAUGACGCACAAAUCACCAAACGACUAAGUGCAAUGUGGGCCAACUUUGCGCGUCAUGGUGAACCAACUCCUCAAAAUAGUAACAUCCGAUCAACUUCUUCUUUCAAACUUACUCGACAACUUCAGGCGUUGCAACUACUUAAAAUGUUUCAAAAUAUAUUUUCACGUUCUCACAGAUACUUGCAGCCGUGUAGUGCUCUCAAAUAUUAUAGUCAAAUUAAGUCAUCGAAGGAAGUUAAAGUGCAAGUGCGCCAAGGUGUCGUUGUUGGACGAGAAGAACGUCUGCCGAAUGGGAAACCAUUUCACUGCUUCCAAGGAAUACCAUAUGCAGUGCCGCCACUAGGGAAAUUACGCUUCCAGCCACCAGUUCCAUUGGAGCAAUUUGACGCCCCUGAAUUGGAUUGCACAAGCCCAAAGGACCCAUGCUAUCAGCGAGAUAGUGUCACAAGAGAGCCCGUUGGUUCAGAAAAUUGCCUCCAUCUAAACGUGUACGCUCCUGUUAAGUCCUCAAGUCAGCCACUUCCAGUUAUGGUUUGGAUACAUGGUGGAGGUUUCCUGUUCGGUCAUGGCCAAACAUUCUUGCCACUUAGUCUUGUGUCGGAGGAUGUCAUUGUGGUGUCGAUUAAUUAUCGUUUAGGCCUAUGGGGGUUUGCAUGCUUGCCAGAGGCAGGUAUAUGGGGCAAUGCUGGUCUCAAAGAUCAGCGGCAAGCCCUGGUCUGGGUACAAGAAAAUAUCUCCAAUUUUAAUGGUGACCCAAACAAUGUAACAUUAUUUGGAGAGAGUUCUGGAGCUUGUUGUGUAAGUCUGCACACAUUAGUAUCGCAUGCACACAAACUUUUCCACAAAGCUAUCAUGCAGAGUGGCACUGCAAACUCGGAAUGGGUAUUCCAACGCAAACCAAGGGAAAAGAUGUAUCACCUUUGCGAUUUGCUGGGUUGUCAAUCAAAGGAUCCGAAGGAAAUGCUUAAGUUUUUACAAUCUCAUGAAAAGGUUACUCCUGAGAUAGUUCUGGGAAAGACAGGAGUCCUACUUUUACCAGACGAGCGACGUCGUGGUUUCCCUUUUCCGUUACGGCCUGUACUCGAAGAUUCGAGCAGCCCGGAUGCAUUCAUUGACACUCCCGUGCUUGAGCUCAUGCAACGGACCGAUACUCUCACAAUGCCAACCAUAAUUGGCUACAAUUCGACAGAAGCCUUAACAAUUUUAAGACGUCAGAAUUUAGAGGAGAUUGAGGGAGAUCUUGCACGCUUUGUUCCUCGUAAUAUUCCAUUACCAUUCGAUCAUCCAGAAAUACAAUCGUUUGUACAAAAUAUUCGUGAAUUCUAUUUCGGAGGUCGUAAAAUUACACAAGAGCACCUUCAAGGUUUAGCCAAUUUAUUAACAGACUAUCAUUUUCUUAUCGAUAUACACUUAGCGAUAAAACUACAAGCGAUUCAUCAACCACGUGCUCCACUAUAUGCCUAUCGCUUCAAUUACACGGGAGGACGUGAUUUUUUCAAGCGAUCAUUUAAAUUAGAGCAUCUAGACGGUGCGUGUCACGGAGAUGAAUUAAAUUAUCUCUUUCAAAAUGUCGAAGAUGAUACGAGCACAUUUUCGGAGAGUGAUGCACAAACCACCAAACGUUUAAGUGCGAUGUGGGCCAACUUUGCACGCCAUGGUAAUCCGACACCAAAGAACAGUGACAUUGCGAAGGAGUCGGGCAUUGUGUGGACGCCUGUUAAGAGACCAAUGGGGGGUGAUGAUUGUAAACUGGACUAUUUAAGCAUUGAUCGAAAAUGUAGCAUGCAACAAGAUCCUGACAACGAUCGCAUUCAAUUCUGGCAGAAUGUAUAUAACAAAUAUAAGGCGAAGGAUUAUUCGAUUAUAAACGCAAAACUCUAAAUCAAUACAGUUAUCUCCAUAUUCUUAUGCUUGCAUAUUAUGUGUGUGGAAAUUAUAUGUGUAUUUGUUGUAUGUAUGUGUUUAUAAAUAAAAAUAUAUUAAUAAAAGAUGACAU